AUGUCAACAACCGCCGCAAUCUCGCGGUCAAUCCUACCGCGAUGGCCCAACGGCCUGCUCAGGCUUCAAACCCGAGGUACAAUAAUCCAACCAUCUCCAAUGAUACCAAACUCCACCAAAAAACGCUUCCUCCGCAUCCCUCCCAAGUUCCAAAAACCCUCCCAACCAGUCCUCGAACAACCCACCAAAUACACCCCACCAUCCCACCCCACAGGUCCACGAACCACAGCAGCCCGUGAAUCAGCCCACAAACCACUCCCUCAAAAACCCCACGUCGAUGAACGAAAACACUAUCCAGGCAUGAUGCCCCCACCGGGGACAAUAACCCAUUGGAUCCUCCACUCUCCAAAACUCCACGGAUUAGUCGCCGUUUCCGUUUUGGUAUCCCUAGCGCUCUACGUUAUGUACCGAAACUUCAUGGAGAACGAUGAAGCUGCCCAACUUGCGUAUUUUGACUGGAAGCAUCCGAUUAUGUCCGCUCAAAGCUUUGUCCAGGCGUACCGUGAGAGUGAUCGGAUUAAUACCGCGAGGAUUAUGGAGAAGAGACGGCAGAUUUCGGAGGAUAUGGAGAGGAAGGCGCAUUAUAGAUAUGUGGUUGAAGGGAAGGUUGGUGGACCUGGUGAGGGGUUGGGUAGUUGGGGUGUUAGGAGGACUCAGAAGGAUCAGGAUUUUGGGUGGGGGAUUAUUAUUGAUGGGAAGACGAUUGAUAAGUAUAUUGUGGAUAAGGAGAAGGAGAAAGCUGAGAAGAGGAGGUUGAAGGAAGGAGGGGAGGAUGGUGGGGAGGAUGGGAAGGCGCCGGUUAUUCAGCUUGAUGAGAAGCCGGUUCCGAGUCCAUCAGGGGAUCAGAAGAAGACUUGGUGGUAA